AUGACGGGUGAGCAGUACUUUCACCGCACUUGCGCAGAGCAACAAGGACAGCAUCCACAUCCGCCUACUUUGGACCAGAUCGCCAAGAUGUUCCGCAAGGAGGUGCAGCCACUCCGCAUUACGAUCAGCAAUCUCGAGCGGCGCCUCACUGACAUGAGCGGGGUCAUCGAAACCAGAUUCGAGGAGGCGGAGGAGCACAUCGAAGACAUCGCCAUUCGUCUCACAAACCUCGAGAACCACCAGAUCGCCGAGUUUGAGAAUAUCACCGCUCGGGACUUCGAGCUCCCGACCCGGGCGCUGCGGCAGUUGGUGGUGGCAUACAAGCGGUUGUACGCGUCCCUCUCGGGGGAGCCGUUCCCGCAGCAGCCGGAGCAGCAGCUGCUGCAGGCGCUGGGCAGCCUCCACGGCCCAGCCCCCGCGCUGGUGCAGGCCGCCGUGCACGGGCAGGCGGCGGGCUUCGUGCCCGCGGGCGGCGCCCCCUCGGGCGGCUGCUGGUGGGAGCAGGCGCAGGCCGACGACGUCGGCGGAGGCCGGGCCGGGCAGCGGAGGAUCUCGCAGCGGGCCUCCAGGGAGUGGGCCGAGGGCGCCGGCCUCGACGAGGAUGAGAGGGUCGAGAACUUCUCGUCCCUGGAGGAGGCGAUGCCUGCCGUGUACGCGCAGCUGGUUGAGUGCCAGGACGUGUUGUCCCGCCACACGCACGGCAUCCAAGGCGUCGACUUCGUCGUCCGCGACGGCCAGGGAAGGAUGCGCCGGUGUCGCGGUGGUCGGAGUGUCAGCUCCUGCAUCCUCGGUGCAGCCGUGUGGGACUCUCCCAGCGGUGCCGGGGCUCCCGCGAGGGAGCGGUAG